CUCGAGAGCGACUUCUCGUGUAAUGGCGCCUGCGUCAGACACUAACAUGGCGGCCGUAGCCGUGCGCGGCGCAAACGUCAGCAGCUCUACCCCGGCGGCUCAGAAACAGCGGAGGAGAGCGCAGCCCUGCUCGCUGAUUGGCUCAUCGGUGGAGCGUGCCGAGCCGGACGCUCGCCCAGCAGCCAAUGAGAGGAGAGAGGAAAGGAAUUGGCCGCUGCGCGUCCUCCCGAGGCAUGCUGGGAGCCUGGAGGACUGGCGAGGAGGAGUUGAGAGAACGGAGCGGGCGCCAUGGCGGCCGACAUCGAGCAGGUUUUUAGGUCUUUCGUGGUCAGUAAAUUCCGGGAAAUCCAACAGGAGCUUUCGAGUGGAAGGAGUGAAGGCCAGCUGAAUGGUGAAACAAAUACAACUAUUGAAGGAAACCAGGCAGGUGAUGCAGCUGCCUCUGCAAGGAGUCUACCAAAUGAAGAAAUAGUGCAGAAGAUAGAGGAAGUACUUUCUGGGGUCUUAGAUACAGAACUACGAUAUAAGUCAGAUUUGAAAGAGGCCUCCAGAAAAAGUAGAUGUGUAUCUGUUCAAACAGAUCCUACUGAUGAAAUUCCCACCAAAAAGUCAAAGAAGCAUAAAAAGCACAAAAACAAAAAGAAGAAAAAGAAGAAAGAAAAAGAGAAAAAAUAUAAAAGACAGCCGGAAGAAUCUGAGUCAAAGCUGAAAUCUCAUCAUGAUGGGAAUGUUGAUCUUGGAUCUGAUUCCUUUUUAAAGUUCGAUUCUGAACCUUCAGCGAUGGCACUGGAACAUCCUGUGAGAGCAUUUGGCGUAUCAGAGACUAGUGAAUCCCCUGGAGUUGUGCUGGAACCUCCGGUAAUGUCAAUGGAGGUUUCAGAGCCACACGUUUUAGAAACUCUGAAGCCAGCUACAAAAACUGCAGAACUGUCUGUUGGAUCAGUAAUCUCAGAGCAGUCCGAGCAGCCUGUGUCUGUAACGUUAGAACCAUCCAUGACAAAGGGUCUGGAUUCCUUUGCAGGAGCACCAGUGCCUGUGUUAACAGCAGUAAUGAAGUCACCAGAGCCAGUUGUAACAAUGUCAGUGGAGUAUCAGAAGUCUGUGCUGAAAUCUUUGGAGACUACUUCUUCAGAGCCAUCAAAGAUCAUGCUGGUAGAGCCUCCCAUAGCAAAAGUGCUUGAGCCACCAGAAACCCUUGUGUUAACAUCAGAGACACCCACUGAGGUGCGCCCUGAAACAAGCACAUCAACAAUGGAUUUUCCAGAGUCAUCUGCAACUGACGGGCUAAGAUUGCCAGAGCAGCCUGUAGAAGCACCAUCGGAGAUUGCAGAUUCAUCCAUGACAAGACCUCAGGAGUCACUGGAGCUGCCUAAGACCACAGCGGUGGAGCUGCAGGAGUCGUUGGUGGCCUCAGCCCUGGAGUUGCCGGGGCCACCUGCGACCUCCAUGCUGGAGUUGCAGGGGCCCCCUGUGACUCCAGUGCUGGAGUUGCCUGGGCCCUCUGCCACCCCGGUGCCAGAGUUGUCAGGGCCCCUUUCUACCCCAGUGCCUGAGUUGCCAGGGCCCCCUGCGACAGCGGUGCCUGAGUUGCCGGGGCCCUCUGUGACACCAGUGUCACAGUUGUUGCAGGAAUUGCCGGGGCCUCCAGCACCAUCAAUGGGGUUGGAGUCACCACAGGAGGUACCAGAGCCGCCUGUGAUGGCACAGGAGUUGCCAGGGGUGCCUGCGGUGUCAGCAACAGUAGAGUUGCCAGGGCAACCUGCGGUAACAGUAGCAAUGGAGUUGACCGAACAACCUGUGACGACGACAGAGUUCGAGCAGCCUGUGGCGAUGACAACGGUGGAACAUCCUGGGCAUCCUGAGGUGACAACGGCAACAGGGUUGCUGGGGCAGCCAGAGGCAGCGAUGGUGCUGGAGUUGCCAGGACAGCCGGUGGCAACCACAGCGCUGGAGUUGUCUGGGCAGCCUUCGGUGACUGGGGUGCCAGAGUUGUCAGGGCUGCCUUCGGCAACUAGGGCACUGGAGUUGUCGGGGCAGUCUGUGGCAGCUGGGGCACUAGAGUUGCCUGGGCAGCUCAUGGCAACUGGGGCACUGGAGUUCUCGGGGCAGUCUGGGGCAGCUGGAGCACUGGAGCUUUUGGGGCAACCCCUGGCAACAGGGGUGCUAGAGUUGCCAGGGCAGCCUGGGGCGCCAGAGUUGCCUGGGCAGCCUGUGGCAACUGUGGCGCUGGAGAUCUCUGUUCAGUCUGUGGUGACAACAUCGGAGCUGUCAACGAUGACCGUGUCGCAGUCCCUGGAGGUGCCCUCGACGACAGCGCUGGAAUCCUAUAAUACGGUAGCACAGGAGCUGCCUACUACAUUAGUGGGGGAGACUUCUGUUACAGUAGGAGUGGAUCCCUUGAUGGCCCAAGAAUCCCAUAUGUUAGCUUCUAACACCAUGGAGACCCAUAUGUUAGCAUCCAACACCAUGGACUCCCAAAUGCUAGCAUCUAACACUAUGGAUUCUCAGAUGCUAGCAUCCAAUAGCAUGGACUCCCAGAUGUUAGCUUCUAGCACCAUGGACUCUCAGAUGUUAGCCUCUAGUACCAUGGACUCCCAGAUGUUAGCUUCUAGUACCAUGGACUCCCAGAUGUUAGCAACUAGCACAAUGGACUCCCAGAUGUUAGCAACCAGUUCCAUGGAUUCCCAGAUGUUAGCAACCAGUUCCAUCGACUCUCAGAUGUUAGCAACUAGUUCCAUGGACUCUCAGAUGUUAGCAACCAGUUCCAUGGAUUCCCAGAUGUUAGCAACCAGCACCAUGGAUUCACAGAUGUUAGCAACCAGCACUAUGGACUCCCAGAUGUUAGCAACUAGUUCUAUGGAUUCUCAGAUGUUAGCAUCUGGUGCUAUGGAUUCUCAGAUGUUAGCUUCUGGCACCAUGGAUGCCCAAAUGUUAGCUUCUGGUACCAUGGAUGCCCAAAUGUUAGCAUCUAGUACCCAAGAUUCAGCUAUGAUGGAUUCAAAAUCUCCUGAUCCCUAUAGGUUAGCUCAGGAUCCUUACAGAUUGGCUCAGGAUCCCUAUAGGUUGGGUCAUGACCCCUAUAGGUUAGGUCAUGAUGCUUAUAGGUUAGGACAGGACCCUUAUAGAUUAGGCCAUGAUCCCUACAGACUAACUCCUGAUCCCUAUAGGAUGUCACCUAGACCCUACAGAAUAGCACCCAGAUCCUAUAGAAUAGCACCUAGGCCAUAUAGGUUAGCACCUAGACCCCUGAUGUUGGCAUCUAGACGGUCUAUGAUGAUGUCCUAUGCUGCAGAACGUUCCAUGAUGUCAUCUUAUGAACGUUCUAUGAUGUCUUACGAGCGUUCUAUGAUGUCCCCUAUGGCUGAACGCUCUAUGAUGUCAGCUUAUGAACGCUCUAUGAUGUCAGCCUAUGAACGCUCGAUGAUGUCUCCUAUGGCUGAACGCUCGAUGAUGUCAGCUUAUGAACGCUCUAUGAUGUCAGCUUAUGAGCGCUCCAUGAUGUCCCCUAUGGCUGAUCGAUCUAUGAUGUCCAUGGGUGCCGACCGGUCUAUGAUGUCAUCAUACUCUGCAGCUGACCGGUCUAUGAUGUCAUCGUACUCUGCAGCUGAUCGAUCUAUGAUGUCAUCUUACACUGAUCGUUCAAUGAUGUCUAUGGCAGCUGAUUCUUACACUGAUUCUUAUGCUGAUUCAUAUACGGAGGCAUAUAUGGUGCCACCUUUGCCUCCUGAAGAGCCCCCAACAAUGCCACCAUUGCCACCUGAGGAACCACCAAUGACACCACCAUUACCCCCUGAGGAACCACCAGAGGGUUCGGCAUUACCCACUGAACAGUCAGCAUUAACAGCUGAUAAUACUUGGGCUACAGAGGUGACAUUACCUAAUGAAGAAUCUGUGUCACAACCUGAGCCGCCUCUGAGUCAAAGUGAGAUUUCAGAGCCUUCAGCAGUGCCUGUUAAUUAUUCAGUGUCAGAAUCAGAGACCUCAAUGUUAGCAUCGGAGGCUGUUAUGACUGUUCCAGAAACUCCACGAGAGCCAGAGUCUUCAGUUACAUCAACACCUGUGGAGUCUGCUCUAGUAGCAGAACAUGAAAUUGUUCCAGAGACACCAGUGACUUACAUAGUAUGUGAAACUGCCAUGUCGGCUGAACCAACUGUGCUAACAUCAGAGCCUUCUAUUAUGUCAGAGACACCAGAAACAUAUGAUUCCAUGAGAUCGUCUGGACAUAUCUCAGAGGUAUCCAUGUCCCUGCUAGAGUCAGCAGUAACUGUUCCACAGCUAGCAGAGAGCAGUCUAGAGCUGCCAGCUGUGACUGUCUCGGAGCCUUCCUCGGUGGCUGUCCCAGAGCCUCCUGUUGCUGUUCUAGAACCUCCCACUGUGGCCAUCCCAGAACCUUCUGCUGUGGCUGUCUCCGAGCCUCUUGCUGUGGUUGCCCCAGAGCAUCUUGCUGUGUCUGCUCCAGAACUUUCCACCAUGUCUGUUCCAGAACCUGCUGUGGCUAUCCCAGAGCUUCCAGCUAUGCCUGACUCAGGGCAUGUUACCAUCGCUGUGUCAGGAGUUUCUUCCAUGGAGCCUUCUGUGCCUAUCUUAGAACCAGCAGUAUCAGUCCUUCAGCCUGCUGUGAUUAUUCCAGAACCAUGUGUUUCUGUCCAGGAACCCACUGUGACAUAUUCAGAACCUGCUGUCACAGUCUCAGAGCACACUCAAGUAGUAGCAACUGAGAUGACUUUAGAGUCUUCAAUAAUAGUGGAGUCUAGUGUUUUGUCAUCACAUGUUGUGAAAGGAAUGAAUUUACUUUCUGGUGAUCAAAAUCUUGGUCCAGAUAUUGGCAUGCAGGAGAUUCCAUUGUAUUCAGGUGAGGAGCCACAUGAUGGAGGACACUUGAAAAGUGACUCUUACAAAAGUGAGCAUGGUAGAAAUACAGACCUUAAUAGAAAUAAUCAUUUACUUGCUAAAGAUACAGAGUAUAAUAUGAUGUGUGCUGCUACCAUUGUUCCAGUUGGUGAAACUGCUGAAGAGAAAAUUUUACCCAUCAAUGAGACUAAACAAGGCACUAUAUUGGAUACCUGUCCUGGUGUUAGUGAAGCUGAUGUAGGAGCAAUUCUAUCUUCUGGUCCACUUGCUAUGGAACCUGAUACAGUGGGAGCUAAUAAGGGGUUGGAAUUUGUCACAGCAUCUGCUCCCAGUUUAGUUAGUAAAUAUGAUGUUGAUGUAUCUUUAACUACUCAAGAUACUGAACAUGACAUGGUCAUUUCUACCAGCCCUAGUGCUGGCAGUGAAGCUGACAUAGAGGGACCUUUGCCUGCUAAAGACAUUCAUCUUGAUUUAUCAUCAAAUAGUCUUGUUGGUAAGGAUACAGAAGACUCAUUACCUACAAAAGAGACUGACCAGACGGUAGCAGUUGCUCUUAGCCCUAAAGAAAGUGAAGAAGUACCUCUUCCUACUAACGAAAUAGUCCCUGAUUCAGGAUUUUCUGCCAGCAUUGAUGAAAUUAAUGAAGCUGACUUAGUGAGGCCAUUACUUCCUAAGGACAUGGAACGUCUUACAAGCCUUAGAGCUGGUAUUGAAGGACCUUUACUUGCAAGUGAAGUUGAACGUGACAAAUCAGCUGCCAGUCCAGUUGUAAUUAGUAUACCAGAAAGGGCCUCAGAGUCUUCUUCAGAGGAAAAAGAUGACUAUGAAAUUUUUGUAAAAGUUAAGGACACACAUGAAAAAAGCAAGAAAAACAAAAACCGUGACAAAGGUGAGAAAGAAAAGAAGAGAGACUCUUCAUUAAGGUCUCGGAGUAAGCGGUCCAAGUCUUCUGAACACAAGUCACGAAAGCGUACCAGUGAGUCUCGUUCUAGAGCAAGGAAGAGGUCAUCUAAGUCAAAGUCUCAUCGUUCUCAAACACGGUCACGGUCACGGUCAAGACGCAGGAGGAGAAGCAGCAGGUCAAGAUCUAAAUCUAGAGGAAGGCGAUCUGCAUCAAAAGAGAAGCGUAAGAGAUCUCCAAAGCACAGAUCCAAGUCCAGAGAAAGAAAAAGGAAAAGAUCAAGCUCCCGGGAUAACCGAAAAACAGCUCGAGCUCGAAGUCGAACCCCAAGUCGACGCAGUAGGAGUCACACUCCUAGUCGCCGAAGAAGGUCUAGAUCUGUUGGUAGGAGGAGGAGUUUCAGCAUUUCCCCCAGCCGAAGGAGCCGCACCCCCAGCCGGAGGAGCCGCACCCCAAGCCGGCGAAGCCGUACCCCAAGCCGAAGGAGCCGCACCCCUAGCCGUAGGAGCCGCACACCCAGCCGUAGGAGCCGCACCCCAAGCCGAAGAAGAAGAUCAAGGUCUGUGGUGAGAAGACGAAGCUUCAGUAUAUCACCAGUCAGAUUAAGGCGAUCAAGAACACCCUUGAGAAGAAGGUUUAGUAGAUCUCCCAUCCGUCGUAAAAGAUCCAGGUCUUCUGAAAGAGGCAGAUCACCCAAACGUCUCACAGAUUUGGAUAAGGCUCAAUUACUUGAAAUAGCCAAAGCUAAUGCAGCUGCCAUGUGUGCUAAGGCUGGUGUUCCUUUACCACCAAACCUAAAGCCUGCGCCUCCACCUACAAUAGAAGAGAAAGUUGCUAAAAAGUCUGGAGGAGCAACUAUAGAAGAACUAACUGAGAAAUGCAAACAGAUUGCACAGAGUAAAGAAGAUGAUGACAUAAUAGUGAAUAAACCUCAUGUUUCGGAUGAAGAGGAAGAAGAGCCUCCUUUUUAUCAUCAUCCCUUUAAACUCAGUGAACCCAAGCCCAUUUUUUUCAAUCUGAAUAUUGCUGCAGCAAAGCCAACUCCACCAAAAAGCCAGGUAACAUUAACAAAAGAAUUUCCUGUGUCAUCUGGAUCUCAGCACCGAAAGAAAGAAGCGGAUAGUGUUUAUGGAGAGUGGGUUCCUGUCGAGAAAAAUGGUGAAGAAAACAAAGAUGAUGAUAAUGUUUUCAGCAGCAGUUUGCCCUCAGAGCCUGUGGACAUCUCUACAGCAAUGAGUGAACGGGCACUUGCUCAGAAGAGACUCAGUGAGAAUGCAUUUGACCUUGAAGCCAUGAGUAUGUUAAAUCGAGCUCAAGAAAGGAUUGAUGCCUGGGCUCAGUUGAAUUCUAUUCCUGGCCAAUUCACAGGAAGUACAGGAGUACAAGUUUUGACACAGGAACAGCUGGCUAAUACUGGUGCCCAAGCCUGGAUUAAAAAGGAUGGACACUGAAGAUGGACCGAAAUCGUGAAACAAUGCCAAAUGUAUAAAUAUGGCUCAAGAGCCACUCACUUUAUAUCCUAAGGUUGUUCUUUUUCUUAUUUCUUGCUGCUGUUUUUGGUGGGGGUGGUUUUACUUAACUGUUUUGAAUGCUAACUGUAUUAGGUGCUGUUUGUUCAGAAUAUUCCACAGUUCCUGCUGGACUACUAACCUAAUCAUUUCAGAGCAGUGGUUCUCAAAUUUUUCAUCACGGGAUACUUUAUUACAGGUUUAGUUUUGGUGGAUCACUAUCCCCAAGAGCCCUUUUCCUAAUAUUCCAUUCCUCCAUUCCUCUAUCCUUGUCCUAUCAUUAGUGCCUGCACCCUUUUAAAAUAAGAGAACCCUUUGCUACUUCACUACCCUUUGUGACUUCCAGCCCCAGGUCCCUAUAUGGUGGUCACCUGUUGGAUAUAAUGCAAGCGGUUGGGAGGCCUUAGUAUUAGCACUGCAUGUGGUAAACUUGCCAUGGGACUGAAUGGCUGGGGGAGGUUGGCUGGAGUGUGGGGUGGGCAUUUGUGAAGGGUGGUAAGAGGGUGGGAUGGAGAUAACUUACCUGUGGACCACCAUGUAGGUCCUGGUGGCCUCUGGUGAUCCACAGGCUCAGUUUGAGAACCACUGACUUCAUGAAAAAACAGGACAUAUAAGACCCUAAACUCAAGGGAGAGGACGGACAUCUCGUGCUGUGAAGAUGUAGGUGCUCCUGGUCUCAGAUUCCUGCAGUGAGAUGUGUCAACUCCACCUACGACUACCUCAUUGUUGGGGGAGUCUUAGGUGGCUAAAAAAGGGCUUUCUGAAGAAACGCUGUGUGGUGAAGGUCUGUGGUUGGCUGGAUGGGUGAUGGGAAAUUUGUUUCAGGAGUACUGGCACCAUAGCAGUGCUGAAACUGGGAGGCUGCAUAGUCUGUUGGAUUGGGAAUGUUUCUUUAUCCUGCUGUACUCCUGACUCCUUGUGUGAUCAUGGGCAAGUAAUUUUUUGGAGUUUCCUCCAAGUGUUGAGUGGAGGGAGACAAGUUCUUAUUACUGCCUUAGAGAGUGGUAAUCAGUGAUGUGAUGGGGACCUAUAUAGAAUUGGAACGUGUACCAUUUGAUGAGCUGAAUUUGCUCUGGACAUUUUAAUACCUUAACAGUUUUGAUAACAUUACCUGUGAUUGUCUUAGUAACAAAUUAACAUAAGAUAUUGCACAGCCUCAUUGUGCCUUUUUAAAAAAAGAAUUGUUUGCACUAAUAUGUACUAGGGACUAGUUUUGGGAUAAGAGGAUAAUUAGCAAAAGUAUUUUUAAAUUUGAUUAACUUUAUAUUUUAUAUACUAAUACUUCAUAGUUAAAAGUGGCUUUCACCUUAGUGAAAGAAUUUCGUGUUUGCUUUUCUUUUGGUAUUGUAUAUUAAAAUCAGAGCCUUGCUUAUGGACUAAGCAUGUGUUCUACCACUGAGCUACACCUUCAGCCUUGUUUGACUGAUACUGUAUCCAGUCUUGAAGCUAAAUGUUUAAUAUUUCAGGUUAGACACAGUUUUAAGUGUUUAUGUGCGCUAUAAAAGUUAAUGUAAAUUGCUAGAUAAAACCUUGGAAGUGUUUCCACUUCCAAGUAAAAUUUUGGACUUCACAUGCUGCCAUAUGUUUAUGUGUGUCAUAUAAACAUAUAAUUUUUACAAACUGAAUCUUUACUGAUUCAGUUGGCUCCCUAUAAACUUUCACCUAAAUACAGUUUCAGUAUUGUUGAUCUAAGUAGUCAAUGCUUAGUAGAACCUUUUAAAAAUGCUUUGCAUUUUCUGUUGAAUAUCUUUUUGAAAGCAAAUUAUUUUGAUAAAUUAUCAGACCAAGCUUUAAAUUGUAGAAAAAAGCAACACUCUUAGGACAGCGUUCAUGUGUAAAGAAUACUGAAUAUCUGCUUAAUAUCAAUGAGGGGAGAAUUAUUUUAUUAAAAUAGGCCAGAACACUUAUAAUAAAUCAUUAGGCAACUGCAAAUUUCAUAGGUAUCAUCAAUACUGUCUGCACCUUCUAAAUGUGUAAGAAAUGUUGAAAUGAUCAUUUGGUUUGUCUUGGCCUUCAUGUAGCCAAACCACUGUUACUACGUAUUAAAAACCAGAGGAUGCCAGCCAGCACUUUGUGUUCUUUAGUUUGCUGUAAGAUAUUUUCAGAUUAAGAGGAAUAUUUUAUUAAUAUUCUCAUUUGUGAGUAAAACAUGUCAAAAAACUGACUUAAUGAUUUGGAGGUGAAUUUACAAAAAUCGUUAUUGUGGUCUCAUUGAAUGAAUCAGAUUUUGUAUGAACUGUAUACACACUGAGUAAAGAAAUAGGUAAAUGUAUUAGAGAAAAUGUAUUAGAGAACAGAAGCAGAAUUGGAAAACUGGGUUAUUUUGGGAUUUAUAUUGUACUCUGUCUGUACAGUUGCCCUUUUUUUUAGGAGUGUUUCCUGGAAAAGAGGGGCAGAUGAACCUGGAAGUAAGUAAAAGUCAUUCUAGGUGUGUAGCAUCAAGGCAGGUGAUAUCCAAGUAUCAGCUAACUUUUCUCUUUAUACAUCUACAAUGCAUGGCCUGCACCAAAUAAGGAACUGAACCAGGGGUAUGUUUUUACCUCCACAGCUGCCUCCUUCCAUCAGAGCACCUUGUUGAACUUAAUGUCUAAUCACAUGUCAUUGGCAUGUUUUUCUCCUCAGCAUUUAAUUUCAAGGCUGGGGGAAAACUAUAUAUUUUACUAUGGUGUGAAAAUAACUUUUAAUCUUAGUAUUACUGAUAUAGGAAAUAAUAAUAAUGCACACUUGUUUGCUGAACUACCAAAAUGUGACUCCUGUUGAUACAUGAAUGACUUGGCGUAUAUUUGACAGAGAAUAUUAACCUAAAAUGUAGUAACAAUGGGAAAUGAUUUGGAUGUGCUUUAAUUGAAAGAACCUCCCCCAUGCACGCACACACACACACACACACACACACACACACACACACACACAGAGAGAGAGAGACAGACAGACAGACCAGCCACAUAAACAGUAGAAUUCAGUUCUGUUAGAUGUGCAUGGAUGCCUUUUAAAAAGAGGCACUGGACAUUUCUUAAUGUGAGGAUCACUGGCUGUGGAUCAUGCUGAUGUACAUAGUUGUGCAGCAUAGGACAUUAAGUGGUUUGCUGCUUUGAUGGAAAUUAUGGUUCAGUGGGUUGGAUACAAGAGAGAUGAUUGUUCACAGAAUAACCUGUGAACUUUCACCCCUCUGUAUGGAAACUUG